UCGCCGGCCCUCCGUCUCGCGGCUGCGGACCCCUGCAUUUCCCCGGCGGAUUCCUCCGGCAAUCGCCCCGGAUCAGCCCGAGGAUUUUAUCGUAUAUCUUUCCUUCAAGAUGGCAUCUUUGCAGUUGUAGCUAUAUGUACAAUUCAAUUAUUCUAGAGCUUGGCACAUCAGAUGAUUUGGAGUAGCUUUAUUAUGCUUGACCAGUGCCAUGAUGGGCACUUGUCAAAUGAAUCGCCAAGGAGUAUGGUUGCUUUGCCUUUUACUGCUUUACGGCUCAAUCAACAAAAGUACAGCUCUCAGCCCUGAUGGUGAGGCGCUUUUGAGCUUUAGAUCUGCAGUCGUUACUUCAGAUAACGUCCUUCUUCAGUGGAGACCGGAGGAUCCUGACCCAUGUAAAUGGAAAGGAGUGACUUGUGAUUCUGUAUCGAAGAAUGUAAUUUAUUUGAGUCUUUCUUAUCACAAAUUGAGUGGAUCCAUUUCACCUGAUCUUGGGAAGCUUGCGCACUUGAGAUAUCUAUCUCUUCAUGACAACAACUUUUAUGGGGCGAUCCCUUCUGAGUUGGGAAACUGCACAGAGUUGCAGGCAAUUUUUUUGCAGGGUAACUACUUAAGUGGUCGAAUACCCAGUGAGUUGGGAAAUCUUUCCAAUCUACGAAAUCUGGAUAUCUCAGGCAACUCUCUUAGCGGCGUAAUCCCUCCUUCUAUUGGAAAGUUGAAUAAACUUGUUACCUUCAAUGUGUCUGCUAAUUUUCUUGUUGGAGCAAUUCCAUCUGAUGGUGUGCUCAGCAACUUUCCAGAAAGCUCCUUUACAGGUAACAAGGGCCUGUGUGGAAAACAGAUCAAUGCAGCAUGUAAUGGAGGACCUUCUACGAAUUCCCAAUCUCCUGCAUCAGCCCAAAGACUAGGUGUAAAGAAGAACUCUGGCCGACUGCUUAUAAGUGCAUCUGCCACUGUGGGUGCACUGCUUUUGGUGGCCCUGAUGUGUUUCUGGGGUUGUUUUCUGUACAAGAAAUUUGGCAAAAAUGACACCAAAGGUUUUGCUAUAAAUAUCAAUGGCGGUGCAUCAGUUGUCAUGUUUCAUGGAGACUUGCCAUAUUCCUCGAAAGACAUUAUAAGAAAAUUGGAGACACUGAACGAGGAACACAUAAUAGGUUGUGGGGGUUUUGGAAUGGUGUACAGGCUUGCAAUGGAUGAUGGUAAUGUGUUUGCGUUGAAAAAAAUUGUCAAAAUAAAUGAUGGAUUUGACCGCUUCUUCGAAAGGGAGCUCGAGAUUCUCGGAAGCAUAAAACAUCGGCACUUGGUGAAUUUGAGGGGAUAUUGUAAUUCUCCUACGGCGAAAUUGCUGAUUUAUGACUUCUUACCUGGUGGUAGCCUUGAUGAAGCACUUCAUGAAAGGUCAGAGCAAUUAGACUGGGAGACGCGUUGUAAUAUCAUUGUAGGAGCAGCUAAAGGACUUGCUUAUCUGCACCAUGAUUGCUCCCCAAGAAUCAUUCACCGUGACAUAAAGUCGAGCAAUAUUUUGCUUGAUGGUAAUUUUGAGGCGCGAGUGUCUGACUUUGGGCUUGCUAAAUUAUUGGAGGAUGAGGAGUCUCACAUUACAACCAUUGUUGCUGGAACAUUUGGUUACCUAGCACCAGAGUAUAUGCAAAGUGGUAGAGCAACUGAAAAGAGUGAUGUUUAUAGUUUUGGAGUCCUGGUGCUGGAAGUACUGAGUGGAAAGCGACCGACUGAUGCUACACUAAUAGAGAAAGGCCUUAACAUUGUCGGCUGGUUAAACUUGCUCCUCCCAGAAAAUAGGCAACGAGAGAUUGUCGAUCCACAGUGUGAAGGUGUGCAGACGGAAAGUCUUGAUGCUCUGCUUGGUAUCGCAAUUCAGUGCGUCUCCUCUAGCCCAGAGGAUAGGCCAACCAUGCACAGGGUGCUCCAGUUACUUGAGUCGGAGGUCAUGACCCCUUGCCCAAGUGAUUUAUAUGAUUCCAACUCCGAUUGAAUUUCCUCAUGAGAAGACGGAUAUGUCGAGAUUCAUAUCCAUGAAUGUAAAGUUGGUGAACAAAUGAUGGAGUGAGAGGGAACUCAGGAGUCCAAGCGGUUCUCUUCUCCAAAUUGGCUUCAUUCUUUUAAGUGGAUAUGUGGACAAUCAGAAACACACUGCCACUGGGCUCCCUCGACUUCUGAGCAUUUGGUCGAGCAUUGGCAAGACUUGUGGCGUCAUUAUUUUGCACAGAUGCGGUCUGAAAUUUGUUUCUCCACGUCAACAAAAAUUCCACUUGUGGCAAGUCAUAUUCAACCCCCUGCUUUCUUUUUCAUGAUUUUUUUUUUCUUUUUUGUGAUUCCCUCGGGCAUUUAUUUUGUCAAAUUUAAGUGUAUAUGGCAUUGUAUAAGUUGAAUUUGGGUACCUGCGAGAAGGAAUCUUGUUCUUCAUGCCAUUUUUGUAAAAUAUAUUAUGAUUAACUACAGUAGUCGAUUUGUUGGA